AUGUCUCCACCUCCUGUCUCCUCCUCCUGUUUCCUCCUCCUGUCUCCUCCUCCUGUCUCCUCCUCCUGUCUCCACCUCCUGUCUCCUCCUCUUGUCUCCACCUCCUGUCUCCUCUUCCUCCUGUCUCCUCUUCCUCCUGUCUCCUCUUCCUCCUGUCUCCUCUUCCUGUCUCAACCUCCUGUCUCCUCCUCCUGUCCCAACCUCCUGUCUCCUCCUCCUGUCACCACCUCCUGUCUCCUCCUCCUGUCUCCUCCUCCUGUCUCCACCUAA